AUGGGACCUUCAGGCCAAACGACAUCCACCAGAGAGACUUGGAUGCAGGCGGCUUCGAUAAGCCGCGGCGCUAUAAUCUCCCUCCUGGAAGCUCUCCCUUCCAGUUGUGCGAGUCUCGAACUCGACACCGCUGGCUACGAUGGGCGACAUUCUGAUCGCAACGAUGACGAAGCCCACAUCUGCGACUCCCUUAGGGCCGUUUUACCUCGCAUGCGCUAUGCACGUAUCCGGAUAAGCACCAUGUGCAGUGCCAUGUUUGGCUUUGGGCCCGACCCCCACAUAAAUAAUAACUUUCCUGAUGCGUCCGAGGACGAGGAUGAAGAUGCACGGUUUCAGCCCAUUUCUCUCAAAAGUAUGCGGUCAUUGCUCGUUAACUGCGUCUCGGAAAACUGGUAUGCUCUGCAGCGCUGCUCCGCCUCAGAUUGGAACCAUACCCAUCUCAACCCCGGAUCCCCUAGGUCGUCCUGGCUAUCUAUCACAGCGGCACUCGAGCGUCUCGUUGAAACCGAAGGAGCCAUCUGCCAGGACGCUAACAUCAUGGUUAUGGGACACACAGUGCACCAUGACAGCACUGAUAUGGCCAUUUGGCAGGCGUAUAUCCGCGCCAACAUCGUGGCCAAGGAAUCACAUCUCCUCCCACAUCGCCUAGUCUGCAAAAAGGACAUCGCAGACCCGUGGCUCGUGCGCAUCCCUGGACCCAAGGACCUCCUUACGUCAGCGAUUAACAUCGAGCCGCUCGCUGAGGACUAUAACUGGGUGCCUUUGUACGGAGGCUCGAGGCUGCCUCGGGCUAUUGCUGAGGAUGAAAUGAGAGGGAGACGAUCUAUCGCGACCGGAAAGCUGUUUCAGGCUGAGGUGAGGGUGGGUGACGAGGAGUAUCUUUCUCUCGAGCCAAUCCGUGAGAUUACUCCAGGAGGAUGGCCGGGAGAAAUUCCGCCUAGGAAUCCCAGCAAUGAGCGAUCAUAUCUCUACACUUCGGUCCUGGAACCCGUCCGAGACAACCCUCCUACUCUCCCGUCCCACGAUGAAAACCAUCCAGGAACAAACACCGUCUCCGUCUACCUCCCAAGCGCCGGACCUGACAGAAUUGCUAAACAGCUAACAAUGUUCCGCUCGGUCCUCACUCCACUCGUGGCCUUCCUCGCCCUGCCCCUUCUCAUCGCCGCAACGCCCGAACCAUCCAACCUCCACCUCCACAACAAGCGUUGCUCCCCCUGGUACGAUGAAGAAUUCUACCAAGGUUAUCUUCCUCCCGUGGCCUGCUGGCAAGAUCAGGACACCGGCUGCUGUCCAUACAUUAUGGAAGGCACCGAGAUGCUCCUCGACGGCGACCAUGGACUGGCCGUGAUUUACGGAAUUUCGACCUACUGUGCCGAUAUCAUCGCGGAAGAACUCGCCAGGACUGCGGAUGGAAGGAGGGCGUACGGGUGGGUGGAGAAGCACGGAAAUUUGACUGUUAUAGGGGAUAUCUUGGUCAUCUCCAAUAUGAGCCAGGAAGCGGUGGAGAAGUACGAGGGGUUGGUGUACUAUGAGGAUGCGGAAGGGCCUAUUCUGUGUUGA